GUCCACUACGACAACCAUGUACCGCUUCUUCCUGGUCUGGUGUCUGGUCUUUCUCUCGACAAGCCCCAUCCUUCUGCUGCUCUUCCAGCAGCGGGUGGCCUACCAAAGACGCCUCCUCAGAUCGCACUACCCAGAAAGCGACACCCACGACUCCGACACGUGUGAUGUGGACGCGACGCUGGAGUCCUUCCGGCAGUUCUACCUUCGGCCGCUCGUCUCCCUAGACCCGGACGACCCCCAGACCUACCAUUGCGUGGCGGACACCGAAGGGGACGAUUCGCUUCCUCCCGCAGAACAGUUCGCUCUGGACUCGUGUGGCGGGUGCGACAGGCAGCCGAGCCUGGCGCUGAUGUUCCUUACGCGAGAAGGGCUGGAGGAGCUCGAACCUCUCUGGCUGGAAUGGCUCUCUAUGACGUCUUGUCCGCAGUGCUUCAGGGGCUACAUUCACCGCAGCUGGUCGGACGUGCAGACCAGCCGGCCGUCGCAUCCCUUCUUUGAGGAGGUCCCGAGGAUCAGGGGUAUCCGGCGGGGCCGUCUGCUGCCCGCCGAGAAUGCGCUGGUCAAGGCAGCUUUGCGUCAGCCGUGCAACCAGAUGAUGAUCUUCCUGUCCCCGUCGCACAUCCCCCUGACCCACCCCGAUGUCGUGUACGACAUUCUAUUCGACGACGCGCUCGAGGAAGACGGCACUCUGCCCAGCAGCCGAUUCUGGUCAGUCAGUCACAGUGGGACGUGUGACGUGUGUCUUGAUGUGUGUGCCGAUGUGUGGGUGUGGGUGUCUUGUUGUGGGUGGGGGAUCGAUCAGCUAUGCAGGCAAAGGGGAAGAGAGAGAGGACGACCGCAUUGAGAGCAGAGAUUAUGAGGGGGCAGACAACAGCACCUUAUCCUGCGGACAGGAAGACGACAACACCAUUGGACACGGUCAUGUCACCACACACAGCUCUGAGGGAGGGAGAAUGGCCAUUGGCACCAGUCAUCACUCCCUCCCUCCCUCCCUCUCUCUGUGGCGGUGGGUGCGGUGUGUGCAGACGUGAAGCACCACCAGUGGCGUGCCUACAACCGCUACCACGCCAUGAUCGUUGCCGCCCAGGGCCUCGUGUACCCCUACGCCCGCAACCUGAGCAUCUACCACUACCUGCCCGAGAAGGCCGCCAGCGACGAGUGGUACCCACACCACGUCCUCAGACGGGCACUCGGCAAUGAAGCCAUCUGGGAACAGGUAUUAUGGACACACACACGUGCGCUGGGCAGGUGAGCUGUCAUUUCCCUCUCUGUGUGUUCAGGUCAAUGGCGGUCUGACUGAUUGGACGGGGCAGACCGACCCGCACCUCAAGGCCAUGUACUGCGACACGCUCACAUGCUGGAACCAGACGGACGGCUGUGGUCUGGGUGAGGGCGGCAAGUGCAGCCGCACCGGCCCUGUGUGCUUCGACACGCUCAACCACACCCGGCUGGCCGAGCUGAUUGCGGCCCCCCCGCCCCUGUUUCUGCGCAAGGUCACGGCCAACACGGGGGUGGUGGACGACAAGACGGGCCAUCUGAUGGGGCGGGUGGCCGACAUGGUCGUCGAUAUGAUCAGAAGCCAACACGACAAGGCUGUUGGGCUAGAGAGUAGAGAGCAGAUGGAGGGUGGGGCACCAGUGGAAGAGUAGCUAGCGUGUGUGUGGAUCAGAUCGGGCGGUCUAUCGGUUAGUUAUGUGUGUGUGUACUUGUCAGCCAUUUGUGGCGCUGUGUACCUUCUGCUCUGCGUACUUGUACUUCUUUGGGUCUGUAGCUUUCUGUGUCACUCACUUUUUCUGUUCCUCUCUCUCUCUGUGUCUGUGCG